AGCAUCCAGCUAAGAAAAGAAGACCCAAAAUCAGAAGCAGGGUGCUGAUAAAGAUCAGACCAGAGGGGAUGGUAAAGGCAGUGUAGCUGAUGCAGCGUGCGUUUGCGUGUCUUUUCCUUAAGAAAAUGCUCCGGUCUGCCAGCGUGGCUUUGGAAGCGAGCGAGCAGUAAGGAAAUGGCAGCUCUGCGGUGCUGGCAGCGGUCGGGAUCCUCUGCCCUUCCUUGGUGCCAUGUGAUGGGAGAGCAGUCCCAGGACUGCCAGUCCUGCUCAGCCCCGCGUCUGGGUGGUGUGCUGGAAAAAAAAAAAAUCUCCUGGAAGAGGCUUUGCUGGCCUGAUGGCAGCUGUCCCAUUUUUGCCUUCAGUGACGGAGAGGGAGUUGAGAAAUGUGCUGAAUGAGUCCCCGGCAGCACUGGGGAGGAAGGGUUGGAGGUCUGGAGGAAGGAGCUUUCCGACUCGACGAGCCUUGGAGGGCUGCAGCAAACCCUGGGAGCGUGGAGGGCUGGAGCCACGUGCAGCCUGGAUGAAGGGGGCGAGCAGCAUCCCACAGCGCCUCGGGGCACCGGCGCGGCUGGAAACGGGGCCGGAUGCAGCGGAGGGUCUCACUGCCUGCUCCGGGAGGGCACCGCACGCAUGGUAGCCGGCCUGGCCGCCCGGCGCCGCCGCGGGUGCUGUGAGGUGGCCCCCACGGGCAGCAGGACACGAUGGCCCAGUCCCGUGCCAACGGGUCUCACUACGCCCUGACAGCUAUAGGGCUGGGGAUGCUCGUCCUGGGCAUCAUUAUGGCCGUGUGGAACCUCGUCCCCGGCUUCGGCCCCGCCAACAAGCCCACCGCCCAUUCCGGCAACAGCAGCAAGCCCGACCGCGGCAGCGGGGGCAUUUUGAAGAGCAAGACGUUUUCCGUGGCGUAUGUGCUGGUCGGGGCGGGGGUGCUGCUGCUGUUGCUCUCCAUCUGCUUGAACAUCCGCGACAAGAAGAGGCAGAGCGAAGACAUAACCAGGGUGCAGCACCAGGCAUCGGCAGAGCCCUCGCAACAGGAGGACAGCCAAGAAGAGGACGAAGACACGUCCUCCCGGUACUACGUCCCCAGCUACGAGGAGGUGAUGAAUGCGGGCUACUCCGAGCCCCAUAACCCGGACAGGAGCCACAGGCUCAGCGUCUCGCUGCCCUCCUACGAGUCACUGACGGGGCUUGACGAGGGCACACAGCCCCAGGGAGCGGCCGGCACGGAGCCCGGCACGGAGCCUGGCACAGAGCGGCCUCCCGGUCGGCACAGCUCGCGCCUGAGCAAGCGCCUGAAGCCCCUGAAGGUGCGGAGGAUCAAGUCGGAGAAGCUGCACCUCAAGGACAUCCGGCUCAACCUCGCCGACGGGAGCAGCACCCACCCCAUCACGAUCGAGCCACUGACACCCCCGCCAAAGUAUGAGGAGAUCCAGGAGAAAGCGCUGGAGAGCCAACAGAUGACUUAGAGAGGAGAAUUUGGUGAUCCUGCGGGUUGAAAACACUUGGAAAGGCUUGGGCAGAGGGUGCGGGAUCAUUCAGCACUCCCUGGAUGCUGAAAUAUUGAGGGAGCAGUCGAUGGAGACUGCGGCACUGCACGGACCGGACCGUCUCUUCCCAGGAUGGUGUUGUCAGAUACCACGGGGAAAUGGCAAUGUGCCUGCUGCUGUGAAGGACACGAAGGUUGGGAGGACUGGAUACAUGUUUUGUGUUGUUUUAAAUUAAAGACAGCCUAACGCAUCACCUCUCCUUUGUGCCUUGCCCCAGCAAGAGGUUUUGAAGCCACCCAACUGCUAUUUAGCAAGAAUUUUCCAAGAGGAAAAGGGAAACACUUGUUCUUUUUUUUUUUUUUUUUUGGUCUUUUCUUUCAGAGUCAGGCAAGAAUAAGUGUCAGAUCAGUGCCGUAGCUGUUCUCUGCUCCAGUCACUGGUGGGGUUGGGAUACUGGCAUGGGGCCAGCCUGAGCCCAUGCGGAGUUGUGUGCUUGCUGGUGCAAAGCAGAAUGAAAUGAGCCCUUAAACUUGUCAGACCUGUAGGUAAGGCUUUACCCGUAGGAAGUUCCUUCCUGGCAUCAGCGCCCGUGCUCCUGUGGGAGAGGACUGUAUUUCUUGCCUCGGUGGUUUUCUCUUUGUGCGUUGCGUUGGGAAUUGAAGGGACAGUUGGUGAAUGCCGGGGGCUGGGAGCUGCAGUAAUGUACCUCUGCCAAGAGGUGUUCAAGACGUUCUGGGUGCGAAACGACUGUAGAGCGUGCUGUGCAAGCAGACCUUUUCUAAAUAAAUAUUUUGUACAUGG